AUGGCUGAUAUCACUUUCAUCAUCCCAUCUGACCCCGGUGCUGGUGCUGCUAAUUCCACUUUCUCUGCUCUCUCUUCUUCUCCUUCUGCUUUCACCUUCUUCAUGACACAUCUUUUUCCGCCUCAUGAUGAAUUCGAUAAUGACCCUGCCUCUGUGUAUCAUCAAAAUGAUGAUGAUGAUAAUGAUGAUGAUGAUGAUGAUGAUAAUGUUGCUAUUGAUGAAGAUGAGGCUAUGAAUGAAAUGUGCACUUUAACACUUAGCAUCAAGAAUCAUCUUCAGCUUAUCAAAGCAAUUGUUGACCAGGCUUCUGAAAAUGUGCACACUGUGCUCAUCAUCACAGCUUCUCAGAUGAGGGCAGAAAUAUACAGAAAGGUGAUUACAUGCACUGCAGUGAUAAUAAACCUUAACAAGUUUCACUCUGAGAAGAAUAAACAAUUAGAAAAGAAUGCUCUUGAGAGCAGGCCCUUGCAGGCCUUCAGUGGGAUCCAGCCGAUGUUUCAGUGA